AUGGAAUCAUUUCUGCAUAAUCCCCUAUUUACUCAUCUUAUUUUUUUAGCCCAAACGAAUUUGGUUCCUUCAGACCACAACUAUUCCAACUUGUUUUCGAAAAAUAAUGAUUUCGCAUGCCAUGAUCAGAAGCUGGUGUCAGAUGGCCAACUCAUUGGAGUAUCCAAUAAGGGUUCUAAAAGAAGUCUGCAUGACAAUUCCAGUGUAAUGAUGAGUGAAGUUGGCCUAGAAAAGCGAGACCCAAAUUCAUUAAAGCGAUUCAACCUAAGAAUUACAGAGACCAACAACAAAGGUUACUUGAAUAAGGAUUAUGGUAACAGUGAAGAAGAUACAGCAAGUCUGGGAGAAAAUGACUAUCAGCAUGUGGCAGACUCAGAAGAUAAGCAAUUGAAUGAGUAUUCCAGCGACGAUGAUACAAGUGAAAGCGAUUUUGUACAGGUAUGUGGGACCGAAUACAUGAAUGGUACUCAGGCUAUCGAAUCAUCUAAUAAUGGUUCAGGCAAGCCUCGUCGAGCUAGAACUGCUUUCACUUACGAACAAUUGGUUACCUUGGAGGCCAAAUUCAAGGCAACGCGUUAUUUAUCCGUCUGUGAGCGCUUAAAUCUUGCUCUUGCAUUAAAUCUGACCGAGACUCAAGUAAAAAUUUGGUUUCAGAACCGGAGGACCAAAUGGAAAAAGCAGAAUCCAGGGAAAGAUGUGAAUAGUCCCAGUGGUGUACAUUCUCCUCCUCUAAUCUUGCCCUCACCCACAACCCUGUCCAACCUCUCUAAUCCCGCAUCACAGCUCUCAUUACAGCCUGUUCUUUCGGCCUCUAUGCCAGCCAUUUCCUCCCCUAAUAUAGGGAACGUGCUUAAUUCAAACACACUUCAAAACUUUCACAAUGUGCAACGCUCCAGUACACAUUUCUUCCAGCAGCCACAUCUUCAACAACAUAUUUCUAUACCCUCCCAUCUGGCUCGCCAUGUGAUUACGUCCCAACAUAUUCAACAUUCACACCCUCAACAUCAAAGCCAAUCAAGAGAUAGCUAUUUCACAUCUUCAUCAGCACAAAUGUCUACACCCCUAACUCUAGCUCAUGAUGAUGGCGAACAAGUGGACGAAACACUCGUUCCAGAAGCCUCAGGUUUUACAUCAAUUUGUGAGCCGCAUGAUUUCCCACAAAAUAUUAACUAUAUAAACAGUUACCUAAAAGCCUAUUCAGAUACCAAGAUCGCGGAAUGUUCUAAUGAUAAAAACAUGCCAUUCAUGUCUAGAGAGGCCUCAUUUACAACGAAAACAUUUCCUCCAACUGCCCAAUCAUUACCGAGCACUUUCCCAAUUAACGGCUUGCCGGCUGCUAAUUGGCUUGCCUCACAGACAGGAAUGGCAAAUGUGAAUAAUUUCCUGGAACACUCUUCGACUGCCAGCUCACAUACGCCUGCUAACACAAUUGGACUUAACUCCCUUAGCGGGCCUUCAAACUUGGGAUCUUUAUCAUUUCAGGCUGCAAAUAUAGCUGCAAAUGCGGCCGUUGCGGCAGGAAUGAACUUGGAAGAUGCUCUACGGGUUCUGUCCUCUGCUGCAUUGGCGGCGGCAGCUGCUUCUCGUUAUGCCUCACCUCCGUCCCCUGAAAAUCAGAUGAAUGAUAUUCAGACUCAGUCACACGUGACGCCUCUUCGUUUGGAAGAAUUUCAAGAUUUUCCUAAAACUAUUCCUGAUGAGUAUAAAACAAAUAAUGUGAAGGCAGGUGAGUUGCCCGCUUGUGUGCUCAUAUCUCCUGCUAAAGUAAAUGAAAACGGUCAGCCUGGUGUCCUUAAUUCUAUUUUGCCUGUUUUUACUUCUGAUGGCAUACCUACUACAUGUGAAAUAUCAGCCUCCCUUACGACACUUAGCAAUGGAAAUACGGAAAACGAAUAUCGCAGAACCCAAGUCACCGAAUUAUCUAUAAACGCUGAGCAGUGUACUCCGAGUGAAGUGGAUAGUUUUGAUAAAAUCUCUCCCCAUAGAUCUGCUUCCUCGUCCUAUGACACAAGUUUGGAUUUUGUCUCGGAUGCCGCACUGAUGCAGCAAGGAUUCUCUACACUGGAUAAUUCUUCUAGAGGCAUCAAUAUUCUACAACCGGAAAUAUCAAGAGGAAGUACGCUAGAAAAGUCAAUAAAGAGUACCUCUUCCGGGAAUUCUUCAUCGACAGGUUCUCCACAAGCUAUACAUUCACAAAACUUGUAUGCAAAAAAUGUACAGGCACGAGAUCCUUCCAGCUCACCAAGUUACAACUAG